AUGGAGAACGCGAACCUGUGGACUCGCCGAAACAACACCUCGAAGCUUUCUCUGUCAAUGGCAGGGACUGACAACAAAGAGGGUGGCGCCAGAGUUGACCUUUCCCGCACAUCAAAGCGCUUUGGCCCCGACAGCUCCCAUGGCCGGUCCAAUCCUUUUAACGCUCUUUCUCCCCUGUCUGCGGGCGUGUCCUCUCCAUCUACGAAUGCGUCAUCUGCCUUUGGCCUCGGUUCCGGUGCGUUCGCCUCGUUCGGGGCGCCCAAAACACCCGGAGGUUCGUCGGAGGUGAAGACUCCUGGAGAAAGGAGGGAGAAUCCCACUGAUCGGACGGCAUCAUCCGCGGAGGGUAUCAAGUCGAAGGCUUCUGAACCCCAUCUCAAGGAGCACGUCCUGCGAUCCACUUGGAUUAUCUGGUACCGUCCUCCUACCCCCAAAUAUUCCGACUAUGAGAAGUCCACCGCACCGCUCGCCUCAAUCCAUUCGGUUGAGAGCUUUUGGUCGGUAUACUCGCACCUCAAAAGGCCUUCGCUCCUUCCUACCGUUUCCGACUAUCAUAUCUUUAAGAAGGGGAUUCGGCCGGUAUGGGAAGACGAGGCCAAUAAGAAGGGCGGAAAAUGGAUUGUCAGACUGAAGAAGGGAGUGGCGGACCGAUAUUGGGAGGAUCUUCUCCUGGCCAUGAUUGGUGAUCAGUUUGCGGAGGCCAGUGACGAAAUCUGCGGCGCUGUUCUCAGUGUGCGAAGUGGUGAAGAUGUUUUGGCCGUUUGGACCCGGAUCGACGGUGGGCGAAACAUCAAGAUCAGAGAGACCAUUAAACGGUUGCUCGCCUUCCCCGCAGACACCAACAUUGUCUGGAAGAGCCACGAUGACAGCAUUGCCCAACGCUCCGCUAUUGAUCAGGCUCGACAAGAGAAGGCCGCUAACAACCACCAUCAUCACCACAACCAUCAUAAUCACCAUCACAACCAGAACCCUCAUCAUCAGUAUGGUGGAGACCGCCGAAGGCCAACGGCUGAUGACUCCACGGGAGAUAAGGGAAAGGGACCGGCAUCUUGA